AUGAUCGUUAAACAGGAAACGUCAGUUCCGGGAAAAACUGAUAGAGUGAAGCUAGUGCAACUGGAAAUAUCCUCGUUUUUUUCUUCCCAGAAACAUGAUAAUAAAAGUAAUGGAAUUAAUGUGACUCAGAAGGAAAUUCCACAAAUAUUGCCGGGAAAAUCAUUGUCACAAAAAGGUCGGAAGUGUAAGCCUGCGAAACCUUCUACGUUGAGUAAAAAGCGCGGCACUCGUAAAGCAAGAUUCGAUGUAUUAUCUCAAUCAACCAUAUCUGAUAAGAAAACUAAAAUUAAUCAAAAACAUGGGAUAUAUCAGUUCAAAACUUGUGCCAGAAAUGUGAAAAUGGAGGUUGAAAAUGCUGAUAAUAAUGAUUGUAAUACUCAGUCACAAUCAAACAAAGUGAAUAAGGAAAAUCAACAAAACUUAAAAGAUUUACUAGAGCAAGAUAAAUCAUUGAGUUAUGAGAAUGGUCUCCUCACAAUUAAUCUUGAAGACAGUGAUAGUGAUGAUAAUGAUCAAGAAAAUCAGAUUGAUGAAUCUUCUUCUAAAAGAUGCAAUGAUGGAAGUGCAUCACCAUCAAAAAAGAUUAAGCAUGACAGUCAAUGCCAGUCAAAAGCAAGGAAAUCAUUGUUUCAUGAUGAUGAUAUUAAAACUGAAAAUCAAUCAACUGAUGAUAUCAUUGUAAUUGAUGAUGUGAAUGAUGGUGAUGCUGAUAAAGAAACAAAUGAAAAUUCAGCAGCCAUUUUUGAUGAGGAUACAACUGAUUUAUAUGAGUAUGGUGUGCCUGUUCAUGAGCUUGAAUUAUAUUCACCAUCAAUGUAUGACACACUACAACUAAACACAUCUACUGCAGGGAAUGUAUCUCAGUCAUUGAAUAUAAGUCAACCAUCACAAAUUAUAAAAUCUAAACUAUCAGAAUCAUCUCAGCAAGUUGCCAACCGCACACAAAUUGAUAAAAUUAAAGAAGAGAAUGAUAGCAAUGAUGAUGGUAAUGAUACAAGCCUAAAUGCCACAAUUAUUUGUGAUCAGUCUGCAUCACCACAUGCUAUGGUUUGUAAAGUGGAAGCUGAAGUGAAUUUAAAGGUGUCUACAUCCACACAGACAUUAGAAACAAGUGUUGAUCAAGCAAAUAGUUUAAAACCUGAAUUGGAUCAACUUCCUGUGAGGGAUGUCUUCAUAAAUGCUUGGAGAAAUAUACAAGAUGACGAAACAAAAGUGAAUCUUUUAGGUGAUAACAGACAUGUGUUGGAAAAUUUAUUUGCACUGAGUCCAGUGCACUUAGAUAUCUGCGUUCGGCUUUUUAUUCGACGCACAAAAUGGCAGAGAUUGGACAAGAUUAAACCAUUGCUUAAUCUGGAAGAAUCAGAGCAGACAAUAUAUGAGAUUCUUGACAGUUUAGAUAGACUGGAUUAUAUUCAUAGAGAUUUUGAGACAUCCGAAACUUUGGAAUCAAUUUUAAGUUACCUUACUGUGCCUGCAUUGCGAAUGUUUGUGAAAGAGAGGCGGAUUAAAGCCACCAAGUGUGAUAAACAUUCGUUAAUAACAUUGUUAACGAAAUUUGUCGCGGAGCAACCGAGUGUGGGAUCAAAAACCACCGAGCAGAAUCUACGUACUUUGGCUUCGGAUACCCUCGGCGAACGCAUUCGGCUUGACGACGUCGUACGUAAUGCACUUUUUCGUCUUCAGUUACUACAUUAUUUUGCCAUACCCGAUAUUACAUCCAACUAUGAAUUGCAUACGUACCUAUCCGACAUUGAGUCCGGCCGGGUGGAGCUGCCAGAGUAUCAAGUUACCAACGUAAACGCUUUUGAAACAACUGCUGCUUUCGAUAGAUACGCCACAGCCAUAGAAUUGUACUGCAACUAUUGUUACCAGAAGGAACGACGAGGAAAGACUAGAAAACAUGGACUGAUGGAAAUCGCUGAAAAGGCAUUCAGCAACCUUCAGGAACUUUCUCAUCUACCUAUGGAUACUUCGCCGGUUCAUCGACGGUUUACUGCUGAAUAUGUAUAUUCGAAGAUUCUCACCUGGGCUGCAACUGAUCUCACCAAAAGUGCCAGUGAAGUUAUGAAGUGGUUGUUUCACUUACACCACUGCUGUCGAGGUGUACAUCGCGGUGAAUGGUACGACCGCCUGGCGAUGUUACUUCUGAAAGAUGGACAUCAUGCCCAUGCUGAGUCUGUCAUCACAGCCGGAUUGUCAUCCGCGGAUGUAGCACUGGUUGAUAAGAUCUUGCUCUCAGUGCGAGCGGCGACUGCUAUCAAGCGUCACAAACUUAGCGCAAAUGCGUUCCCGCAACUUGUGCCUGCACCAACUUGUAACGAUGUGCUUAAAAUUGUCAUCGCUGCUAAACCACAGAAGAUUGGAAAGUAUCAAGGCCGACGGUUGUUGUACGAAGAAGAUUCUCAGCUUUUUACGGUGGAAGAGAUAGCUUUACGCAGCUAUGCUCAGCGUGAUUAUCCAAUGGGAAUACACUGUGAAGGUGCGCUUUUGCUUACACUUUUCGUGGCGUUGUUUUGGGAUAUUAUCUACUCGGACGUACCUAAUGCACAUCCUUUUAUAAGUCGGUUGCAAUACAUUCCUCUGGAUUUAUUUUCGACGGAUUUUUACACUGCAAGAAAGGAGGCGAUUGAUAAAAGACUGGAUGAUAUUUCAUCGAAUUGGGAAAAUGAGGUAUUUGUACAAUACUUGUGGGAUUUUCACGUGAAGCACUCGGAUAAGAAAAGUGUGCAUAAUGUUCGUCUUUCUGGUGAUGUGAUGGUUGAAGCUGCUACGUGCAUUGGCAGGGUGAAAUUGAGGAAAAUGUUGGAGAGGUUCGUGAAAGAUCCAAGGCAGUAUCGAGCUGGUAUGCCUGAUUUAUUUGUUUGGAACAUUAAAUCAAAACAGUGCUGUUUUGUGGAAGUUAAAAGCGAAAAUGAUGUUUUAUCAAUGAAGCAAAAGAUGUGGUUGGAAUUUUCAGGGGCUGGUGUUCCAGUGGAGUUAUGUUUAGUUCAUUCAGUCGGCGAAAAGGUGCGAAAAUCACGAAAGAAAAAGCUUUAAAUUAUUUUUACACAAAUGAAUAUCUAUUUUUAUGACUUAUAUUAUAAUGUUUACUAUCUUAUUAUAUUUACCUCCUAUUUAAAGUUUACAAUAAAUGCUUUGUUUUGUA